CACGGCGAGGGACACACCACCAUAACAAAGCACGUUUUUAAAGAUACACUCAUGUUCCAGGCUACACAGUGAUGCACGGGACUUCCAGGGGAUAUAUCGCACUAAAUCACACGCUUUGGAAUAUGUAUUGACGAGCUUAGAUGUUAUUAAAGGGAAUCAACAAAGUAGCGGCGUGUGAAAAUGGUAGUCGGCAACGUAGCGCGGCCAGGCAGCAACUCACAGUAGUGUGCUGGCGGUAGUGAGAGGAGGGUGUGCCGCUGGUCCCUCCCUGUGUGGCUGACCUGCCUCCUGCUGGGGACUUUAUAUAUAGAAGCGAUUGUCAAGUGGAUGUGUGGCUCUGAACUCUGGCUCAUUGCGGCUCUAGUGCCCGGGGUGACUGCUUGUUUGCGCGUGUAUGAGUACUGUUUGGGCAAGCGAUGAAUGGUGAAGUGGUGGUGUGUGGAGGCGGCGGCGGCGGCGGCGUGGGGAUGAUGAAGACCAGCAAAGUGAGCAAGGCUGGCCCUAGCGGGUGGUCAGCUGGCCACCACCACCUCCACCACCAUCACCACCACCACGAUCCCUGGAUCCAGCCCCCCGUCACCACCCCCGCCAGCCUCAGCCCCAAGGAACCCCCCACCAACACCUCCAUGGACUCUGGGGUGGCUGGCCUGCGGGACACCCCUGUACACACCCCCGCCCCCAUCCACCACCACAACAACACCACCACAGCCACCAUCACCACCACCACCACCACCACCAUCACCACUAACACCAACAGCAACAAUAACAACAACAUGGGUGGCGGCAAAGGGAACAACAACAACAAUAACAAUAAUAAUAACAACAACAACAACAACGAAGACUACGACGUGCCCAAGUUCAUCGUUGACCACACCACCAGGGCCACGUACAUGAAGGGGCGCUUCUUAGGCAAGGGUGGCUUCGCUCGGGUCCACGAGGUCACGGAUCUUAUCACCAACAUGACCUACGCGGGCAAGAUAAUCCCUAAGUGUAGGAUCACCAAGCCCCAUCACAAGGAGAAGAUCGCCCGAGAGAUCGAGGUCCACCGCCACCUUCGUCACCAGCACGUCGUCCGCUUCCACCACUACUUCGAGGAUGACGCCAACGUGUACAUCAUCCUCGAGAACUGUGCCAGGAGGAGUCUGGUACACGUGUUGAAGCACCGCCGCACCCUGACAGAGCCUGAGGUGCGGUACUACAUGCGGCAGCUGGCGGAGGGCGUCGCGUACGUGCACCAGCAGCAUGUCAUCCACCGCGACCUCAAGCUGGGCAACAUGUUUCUCACGGAGGACAUGUCGGUGAAGAUUGGGGACUUCGGGCUGGCCACGCGCGUCGACGAUAACCGCAACGUGACCAUAUGUGGCACUCCGAACUACAUCGCCCCUGAAGUGCUCAACAAGCUUGGCCAUUCUUACGACGCGGACAUCUGGGCCAUGGGAUGCAUCAUGUACGCCCUCCUAGUCGGCCAGCCGCCCUUCGAGACAGACUCCCUCAAGGAAACGUACUCGCGCAUCACCACAAACAAGUACGUCAUUCCGCCACUGGUGAGCGACGCUGCCCGCAACCUCAUCCGCCGCUUCCUCCACCCGGACCCCAACGCGCGGCCCCGCCUGGACCAGCUGCUGAACCACGAGUUCUUCACGUCAGCCUGCACUCAGCCUCCUAAGUUCGGCCUUGAGGUGAUUGGCAAGUCAGUGUCCAUGCCAGAGCAGCAGCUUCAGCACCCUCCUCCCCUGCCUCAGUCUCAGUCCCAGCAGCAGCACCCUCUCUGUCAGGACAUCAAGAAGAUCACCUCCUCAGUCUCCACUCUCCGCAUCCCCAACCAGAAGCCACAGACAGACAAGAUAUCCAUUCUGGAGGGAGGUCUUGGUCUAGGUAGUCCUCCCCCAAGCCGGCCCACUACCACUGCAGUCCCCAAGGAGGAGAACCGCAAGAAGGACUCGGGAGGCACCUUGUCCUCAUGUCUGCGGCAGAAGCUGUCCUCUGUCAUCUGCACCACAGACAACAAAGCCUCAACGGGCACUGUGGUGACGGCCAAGAAGAGGGACGUUACCUCGGGGACUCUGUAUAACCUGUUGGCAUCCUGUCUGGACAACAUGCCUGAUGACAUGAGCACCAACCCUGCUGUCCUCAAUCACACUCCGCUCUUCAUCUCCAAGUGGAUUGACUACUCCAACAAGUACGGCUUUGGCUACCAGCUGUCGGACAACUGUGUGGGCGUGUUCUUCAAUGACCUAACCCGCAUCAGCAUAAGUCCAGAUAAGAGCCGAGUGGAGUUCACGGACUCGACUGGGCGACUAGUGGUGCACCAGGCCGGCUCAUUGCCUGCCUGGCUGCAGGAACGCUACCAGUUGCUGCGUUACUUUGCUACCUACAUGGAAGAGAACCUGACAGAGGCUGGGGAUGUGCGCAGCAGUCGGGCGGUGGUAGGGCGAGGCAAUGUCAUCCCCCACGUGAGGCGCUGGGACCGGACACCAAAGUCCAUCAUUAUGCAGCUUAGCAAUGGAACCUUCCAGAUCAACUUCUUCAAGGACCACACCAAGAUAGUGAUUGCCGGUGAACGAUCAGAUGUGAGCAUCAUGUUCAUCAGCAGCGACCGCCAGUCCUUUACCUACCGCCUCUCCCAGCUGGCUGAGGUGGGCUGUGACGCCAUGGUGCGGGAGAGGCUGGUCUAUGCCCUCUCCUGCCUCCGCCAGUAUGCUGAGUUGGAUGGGGAGGAGGUCUGAUGGAAAGCUUAUUCUACUUCCUGCCAUCCCCAACCUUCAUCAUUUUGCCAUGAAGUUUUGGAAGGUCUUUUUUGUCUGUUAAGUUCUUGGACAAAAUGAGAGUUUGAUGUUUUGUUGGCUUGUCCUAAAGGAGGUGGUAAUUGUUUGUGAUGGAAAAAAUGUUAUGCUGUGAAUCAUCAUGUCAUGAAAAGUUUGAGUUUAUUACAAGUGAAGCAUAAAUGCAUAGUGCUCUUUGAGAAUGCACUAUAAUAAAUGUUACACUGAAAUCUUCAACAUGGAUGCACUGUAUUUCUUGAGGAAAAGAAAGGUUUUAGUGUGUGAGCUGCUGCAUCAGUGAAUGGUGUGCAGGCACUGUAAACUAUGCAAAAACUGUACAGUAGUAUUGCCUGCACAUCAAUGUACGCAGCUGUGCAGCAGCUUUGUUGUAACAUUUUUCCUGAGAAACUGAAACCAACGCCUGUGUUUGAGACCAAUGGAGCAUGUGCGCUCUACCUCACAGCUACUACUGUUAGUUAUGUAUCAAAUCACUGCCCAUGAUGAUAGUCAAAAGGGCACAGAAAAGCCUACUUGGCCUCCCCUAUGCACUCCUGCACCGUGCCAGUGUAACUCCAGAAUGAACUGUGUGGCCGCCAAGGGUGUGUUGGGGAGGCUGGUGACAUGUUCUCCGUGUUGCCCCCAUUGUUUACCAAAGAGUGCAGAAGGGGGGGCAGUGAAGCACGGAGUGGGUGAAACAGAAGUAUUGGUGGCACGCCAGGCAAGAUGCUUCAGGCAGCAGAAAGUGAUGGCUGUCUGGGUGAGGUGACAAGAGGUUGUGCCAGGAACAUUGUAAAAUACCUCUUCUGUGCAUUAACAUUCAGUUCUGAAAUCAGUUUAUAUGUAUAUGUAUAUACAUAUAGUAUAUAUAUCAAGUUAAAUCAAAUCAAUAAUGAUCUCUUAUGCUAACCUGCUCAAUGAUUCAAAUAAACAUGUGCGCAUUCUUGGCAUAAUUUUGCAAUGUCUGUUUUUAGAGGAGUUAUGUGCAAUCUUAAAGUAAUAGGUUCUGUGGCAGGCAACAAGGAGUCAGUCAUGCUCAGAACACUAAGUGAUGCAUUCUUGUCUGCUGUCUUACAACUGAGGUGAAAGAUGAUUUUUCUUUCAAAGUAUGGAAAAGCAAGUCCGUCCCUGUGUGUAGUGCAGCAUCAGGAGUGUGUGUGUGUAUGUGUGUGUGUGUGUGUGUUUACAUUGUAAUGUAUAGGGUUUGAGUCAAGCUCAUGUUGUCCCAUGUCCAUACCCACUUUUGUCUCCACCUUUGUCUUGAAAAAUCAGAGAUAUUCCCUGCUCACAUAAUUCCCAUAUCCACAUCAUUCCAGCAGUCAGUACUUCUCCUGGGAAGUUAUAUUCUUUGACAUUUGACCUUCAUAGUUUUCACUAGUGCCUUUCUGUUCUUCCAUUGCCCCUUAUCUGUAAGUUUUUUUGUUCACCUUUCCAAUCUUUGUACUACUCUGAAAGCUAUGACAUUUUUUUCUCCUUUUCUCCUGUUCUACCUCAUGACUCUCCUUGUUUGUCUUCCUUCCAGAUCGUUUGUAUAAAAAAAUAUGCUUUGGUGACAUUUUCUUUCAUGAAUUCUUGUUGACAAUAUUUUUUUUUCUUUUCAUAUCAUCAAUAUGCAAGAAGAAACAAUCAAAUCCUGCAUCAUUAUAAGUAAAUCUAAAUAAUUUUGUUAUCAGACCUCUGCUUUCAUUGUCUGCUCACCACAAUUUAUGUUUGUGUGUGUGUGUGUGUGUGUGUGUGUAUACAUGCAUGUGUACCUGUGUGUGUGUGUGUGUGUGUACAUGCAUGUGUACCUGUGUGUGUGUGUGUGUGUGUACAUGCAUGUGUACCUGUGUGUGUGUGUGUGUGUGUGUGUGUGUGUAUUUUUGUGUGCACACUUAAUUGCUGCUGCUACUGCUGCUGCUGUUGUAUAUUUGAGGAGCAGAGCCAACACCUGGACAGAGUAGAGGAUAUUUGGUGAUGGGGAAGAUCUGGCACAGUGACAGGAGGUGUGUUCGCCUCAACGAGUGAGUGAUGAAUUACAUGAGAACGCUGUCUGAGAGUGAUUGGUGACCCAUUUCUCCCUUUGCAUGGGGACUACCACACUCACAUUACCCGUGUUCCAAAAUAUUAUGAGGCCUUUUUCACAACCAAAGAGUGAAUGGUAUAAGGAAAUAUUGUUCCCUUUUUGGCUCAGGAUAUUUCUCUACCAAAUGUCAGAUUUGGUGUUGACAGCCAUGUUGGGCAUCAAUCCUAUUAUCUUGCAAAAGAACCAAUGAUAUUUAAUGUGUAGUACUUUUCUGAAAACAUAAGCUGGUUAUUUUGUUUAUUUUAAUGGGAAUUCACUUAAAUCAAACAAUCCUCCUGUGAGGCACAUUAAAAGUUUAGUACAAACUCAAAUGCACCGGGAAGGAACCAGUCUGGGUGUGUAGCAAAGCAGGCGACUUCAGUAAUGAUCUCAUCUAAUUGUAAUCCAUUAUAUUUCUUCAUAUUUCUGUCACUGUUCUUGGCACUGUAGCAAGGCCGAGAGGACCCGGGAGACGGCAGUACCAUUGUCCACCACCAACCACUUGUUUUGAUUAUAGCUUUAUGUUCAGAAAGUUUUUCGAAGGAAUUGUUUGCUGUUACUUAAAUGGUCAAUGCACAGCAAGGACAACCAGUAGCCUGGGUCCUCAGCUGCUGUUGCCAGGUCAACAUGAUGUAUUUAUUAGAAUAUCUCUGCUGUGAGGUCUUGUCCUCCAUUUUCUGUCUUACCAAAGAUGGCAGGAAUUACUAGUGUUCUACUUGAAUGCAGAGAAACUAGACAAGCUUUUAUUAUUUCUAAAUCUACAGAAUAGAAUGCUUUCUGUAGUCUAGACACUGUUGAGGAAAGGCACAAAGAGGUCUCCAGUUGUACAGGUUGACCUCCAGCUUUGCCUAGUCAUUUUCAAGUUUAAUAGAAAAUUAAUAGUGUUUCUGACAACUGCAUUGCCUGCUGGAGGCUGGAGUGGCUCCGGGGCACCAGGGCAGAGGUGGCUGCCAGAGACUGUGCCAAGAAUCCCUUAUAUGAUACUGUUGUAGGACACCAUUACUAUUAUUGAUAUAGUAAUAAUAACCAUAUUGUUGUAAUUUAUUUAUUUUUAUCAUUGCGUCUGUGAUUCCUUGUCUUUGUUACUUGUACAUUUUUUUUGUUUGUGAUAUUCAUUGGUUUUCAUUUUUUUAUAAGUACAUAUGCAAUUAUAUGUAUAAUGUGCAGCAUUGAUUUAAGGCUGUGUUGUGUUAGAUUAUAAACUUGUUAAGUGUAGCGCUCAGGUCUUUCACAAGCUGUUGUAGCUAAGUGGUCUUCCUCGGGUUAUUUGUUCUUCAUCUCUGGCAUUGGUUGUAAUUACCAAAAUCCUUCAAAUUGGUGCCUUGAUACACGAGCAGUGAAAGGCAGCCGCCCUUGCCGCCAGCCCUGCAUGGUGGUGGGCGGCGCCACACUGACCUGGUGGUGGUCACUUCUGGUGAGCAAAUCUGUAAUUGUUGUAAUGAAAGAUGCCUGGAUAAUACACUUAAAAACAAUCUCUUCCAUAUUGUAGCUGUACCAAGUUAGUAUUUUAGUACAGACUGUUGCUCUCUCUACCACAAGACUGCAGUGGUGGGGCAAGCAGGCACCACAGCACCACAGGCCGGCAGGUCAGCAGGGCAUCGCAGCGCUGCUGGCGCGGGCUUCCAGUGGGGCAAGGCCUUGGUCCAGGUUCCCAGGUGCUUUUGGCCCAUAGUGAGAGUCUCUUUGACUGUAAUUCAUAGGUUUAAUGUAGCCAAUACUGAAUUUGAUUGCCUUUAGGGGUAAUGACUAGUCAAAGGGACAGACGGAGGUUGGACCAAUUUGACCUCAGCAAGUGAGGGCAGCUGCAGGAGUGUCUGGUGUGGCAAAGAUUCCUUCCAUAACAGUACACAGAGUGAGCGGCGUUGGCCAGGCCGCGGCUCCCGACAUCAGUGUUAACUGUUCCUCUCGGGGCCAGUGUGCUGCCAGCAUCACUUGCCUUGCUCUGUAAUGUCCAGUUCAAUAUUGCAUUAUUAAGCUAAGUAGCCCACUCAAGACAUGUAUAUAAACCAUAAUGUAAGAGUAAUGGAAGUAGUCAUCUUGAAUCUGUGCAGUAUAUUGUAUAUUACAGACUGUCACGGUCUUUCAUUUUUCUUUAUUUUUUUUUUUUUUUCGCAUCUUGUUGUAGACUUAAAUGCUUUUGUUUGUAAUAAAUCAUUGAAGAUC